UCAUGAACUACCUUACUGACUAUGAAUAUUCGAAGAUCCAAUUGUUUUAAUUUAUGACCGAAUGUUUGUUUUAUCUUACUAAUGUGCAAGGUGGUAAUUGGAUUGCGGUUCCAGCUGAAAUGUUCUUCAUCCUGCUGCUUCUGAGCUGUGUAUCAUCCGAAGUUAUCAGGGUUAAACUCCACCCAACAAAGUCCGUGCAGCGCAAUAUAAUUGAGUUCGGGACGUCCUUUGAAAAUCUCAAAAAGCUUUGGUUAUCAAGGCUAUCAGGAAAUACCUCUGGUGGACCCGAAUAUUUGAAAAACUAUUUGGACGCUCAGUAUUAUGGAGAUAUAACCAUUGGAACUCCACCACAGACAUUCGGUGUUGUAUUUGACACUGGUUCAUCUAAUCUUUGGGUCCCGUCAAAACACUGCAGCUAUUUUGAUAUUGCUUGUUUGUUCCAUAGAAAAUAUGACAGCUCAAAAUCCUCCACCUAUAUUCCGAAUGGCACUGAAUUUAGUAUUCGAUAUGGCACUGGUAGCCUAAGUGGCUUCCUUAGUUCCGAUGUUGUUCAGGUAGGUUCAACUAAAGUCAGUGGCCAGACCUUUGGAGAAGCUACCCAGCAACCUGGGAUCACCUUCAUCAUGGCUAAAUUUGAUGGAAUCCUCGGUAUGGCCUAUCCUUCAAUAGCUGUCGAUGGUGUUACUCCUGUAUUUGUAAACAUGAUCCGCCAGAAUUUACUUGAUUCGCCAGUUUUUUCAUUCUAUCUUAAUAGAAAUGCAUCAGCUUCGCUUGGUGGUGAAUUAAUGAUUGGUGGUAUAGACAAGAAGUAUUAUACUGGUGAAAUCAACUACGUAGAUUUAAAGGAGAAAUCUUAUUGGCUAUUUCAAAUGGACAAGUAAGCUACCAGUUUUCAAGAGAAUUUAUUUUGUCGAGUUAAAACUCAAUAGUAGCUAUUUAGCUGGUUGUUGUUCAGCUUAUUUCUCUUUUCCAGUGUUCAGCGGGUAAAUGUUAUUAGUCAUUAACAGGUCUUACAAUGUCUACGUUUUAGUGCGGGCUAAAUUCUGUUGAUCAAGUUUGUGAAUGAGAAAUCAAAAUAGUAGAUGGUACACUUUGGAUCCAUAUGAGGAGCAGGAUAUCAGAACUCUCGAGCAGCGCUGAGCUGUUCUGGCCAGUGAGAAUAAGUAAUGCAGAAGUGGUAUAGUAUUAUUGACUUGGUUUUUUAAUAAGUAGUUUUAAUUGACACUAUAAGCGUUUUCAUUGAACUUAGUAGUAACUUGGUGUUGCGACUUACCAACUAAAACAUCCUAUUUCAGGUAAGUUGGUUAAAAGUCUAAGUUCUGAUGUAUCGUCUCAAGUAUGAAACUUGGGCACUAUGGUAGAGUAUAAGUCCAUUAUGGAUAAGAUUGUAUUUCCAUAAAUCACACAGUUAUACAGUAAUAUUAACUGACGAUGUUUCGAGUACAAACUAUUGCUCAUAAUCAUAUCAAGUUACUCACACAACUUUUUUCCUUCAUUUAUAUAUGCAUAUGUGGAAUUGACUAGAUAUUUGAAUAAAAAUCAAUAUAGGAUAAUGUACAUUCUGAAAUAACAAUAUUAGUGUUAUUGAUCAAUUACAAUCAGAUGGGAAAUAAGACGAAUGUUUUUUAUAAUCAUAGUAACUUCACUCUAAUUACUGUCACCUAACAAUGUCUAGAAAACUUGCUUCGGCUUGGAGGUCUGGAUAGUACCCCAGCCUUUGUACAAACUCUUUGAUUUUGUAUGGGGCAUCUCUUAGUGUCCAUAGCGUACCAAGUUUAUUUUAGUAAUAAAUAAAUGUUUAGGGGACAUUUGAUUAUCAUUACCAACUUCCCUAAGAUCGCUUCCAAAUUAAAAAAAAGUGUUCCAUAGCUUUUGCUUGAAUAUUUCAUUUGAAGUAUAACUGAAAAUUCAAAAAAAACUUUUUAAAAUAUAGGCUGAUAUUAUCAGACACAGCAGUAUGUCUGGAUGGUUGUCUGGCCAUUGCAGACACUGGUACUUCAAUGAUCGCUGGUCCAACUGAAGAGAUAACAGAAAUCAAUAAGAAAAUUGGCGGCACUUACUUGCCUGGUGGCAUUUAUAGUAUUCCAUGUGAUCGGAUCAAUAACCUCCCGAAGAUUGAUUUUUUAAUAAAUGGAAGAAAUAUGACAUUAGAUCCUACAGAUUAUAUAAUGAAGCUUUUUGCGAUAGCCUGAAGAAACUAACCCAUUAUCACUUCUAUAUAUUAAUUCACUGCGUUGCAGUCAAAUUUUACAUUUUCAACUGAAGUUGUGUGCUCUUAAUAUAAAGUUAUGCUAUAUGUGCUUUGGCAAUAGCUGAUUGGAUAAGGUGCUCCAAACACCCGCUUCUUAGCCAGUGUAACUCGAGCUUCUUUGCUUGGGUAUACGGUAGACUAUUGAGAUAAUGGGUAACAUUGAUGUCUUUUAGGGAUAUAUAAUGUUAUUGUGGCUUUUUGAUGUCGCUUAACUCCGAUUUCUCAUGGGGGUGAUUUCCUGGAAUGUUCAACCCAUACUGUUCCUGUUAUUCGUAAUUGUUGACAAAAUUUAGUGUUUUUGAGCUAAGGUGUGAGUUUUUGUCCUGCUUCUACGCACUGAUCUGUGUUCUGUCUAUAUCUAAAAUAGGGAAUGAGGUAGUCGUUUAUGUUAAACUAUCAGUUGACAAAAAGUGAAUAUUUCAGCAAUGGUUACCAGACACCGUUUUAAUGUUUACCCAUAUCCUGUUUAUGUUGUCCAACUCCCGCAUACUGAGUUUUCAAAAUUUAAAACUUUACAGCAGACGCUAAAAUGUUACAGCUUUUCAAGUGUCUUUAUGACACUUAAUUAUCAUCAAACCAUCAGGUCAGUAGUGAAGGUCUGGCACAGUGUUAGAUGGGGGAGAUAAUUUAUGCUCUUACUAAACACAUAGAGAUUGAAGUACCUGACAUAUUUUGCUUUUGGAUCAUCGUUUGGUAGUAGGAUUCGGCUGAACCAAAGAACAGAGGGAUUAGACAAUAAAGAUAAUUAUUGGCAGAUUUUACGAGUAGUGGAUGAAGGCGUAGGCUAUCUUGUUGAAGUUUGUAAUGCGUUGAUGAAAGUUUUCACCUGCAUUCUCUCAACAUCAACCUUCGUGUUGAUACCAUUUUAAAGUAUAACAACUUUGGGUCGUUGCAUUUUUGUGUGGUUCAAAGUUAGUUUGUUUCUAUGAUUUGCAGGUUAUACAGGAAGUCAGUCUGUGAGUUCAGCUACUAAUCAGUUUAUAGUCUUACUUUACACUCCCAAUAUUGUCAUAAAAAUAAAAGAUAUUUGUCCGCUCCUGUUUCAUCACACUAAAUACUCAUUAAAGUCUCGUUAUAUCAAUCCAAAUCAAGCACAGAUGGACCAAUUAUUUGAUUAUCCGUGGUCGUAUCAAAUAAAAGUUCCCAUUACUCGGAAGUGGCUUUAGAAGUAAAAAUUAAAAGUUGUAAAUUAUGUGGUACUCAACGGCACAAAGGUAGAAAUUUGUUAAGGUUAACAUUGCUAUUGAGUGAGAAUAAAGGUAGUUAAGUGUCAGUUUAACAAGUGUGAAGAGGGUGUGAAAAUGUAGCAAAGGAGCAUAUGAGAGUGAUAAUAGUGAAUUAAUUAUUAAAGCAAAAACGAACUUUAAGUAAAAUUAGAAAAGAAAAGGAAAAAUCAGAAUUUUUUUACAGGGAACGACUGGUGAAGAGGUUAAGACCAAGGUAGAAUAAGAGACUGGACACACUUUUUCUGUAUACAGAGUUCGGGGUUGUAUUGACGAAUUGCCAGCGACUCCGCCAUGCACAGAAGCCAAAACCUGACACCCUUUGUACCAUUUGGCCUCACUUUGCAGAUGAUCUUGAAAGACGACUCUAGGUGAGCUACGUGGCCUGAGUUCACCAAGUGAUCGAGAAUUAAGCUAGUAAUUAUCUUCACACUUGUUAAAUUGACAUUCAACUACCUUUAUUCUCAAUAGCAAUUUUAACCUUAACAAAUUUCUAUCUUUGUGCCGUUGAGUACCACGUAAUUUACAACUUUUAAUUUUUACUUCUAAAGCCACUUCCGAGUAAUUAUAUCAAUUAUGUCACCCCCUAUUAAUUAAUAAUAGACCACUAUACAUUUUUGAAAAGUUUCCAUUCUUUUUGAAAAAUGCUUAUUGAAUUUGGAAGAAACUAUAACAGUUGUUCAUAACGUUUUGAUACAAGUUGAUUUAACUCAGUAGGACAGUACAGUGAUAGAUGAUGACUUUGUUACUGCUAUCAGUAUUUUGAUGUGACUAAAGUUUAUUUCUAACUUCAUAUAUAAAUUGCUUUACAGCUAUUUUUUUCUUCAUUUUAACACAGGUAUCCCAAUUUGGUACAGAGAUUUGCUUGAGUGGUUUUAUGGGUUUGGACUUGCCAAAGCGAAAGUUGUGGAUAUUAGGGGAUGUUUUUAUUGGUAAGUAUUACACGAUAUUCGAUAUGGGCAAAAAUCGUGUUGGCUUUGCUAAAGCUGUUAGUCCAGAUUCCAUUCAACAAAAGAACUAUUAUAGUCCAAUGAUGCGAUUGUUUCCUGCUCAACCUAUUUCUCAGGUUGCCUCCAAAGUUCCAAGCGAAGUAUUCCCCUUUUCAAAGCUUAUAGAAGAUAUAGUUUAAAACGUGUGUAGUACUUCACAUUUCACUUUAACAUGAUGUCGUUCCUAUUCCAUACUUUGAAUACAAUUUCGUUACUAUUGACAAUUGACACUAAUUCUUGUCAUCGUAUAACGACUGUCAUUUGAUGCUUUUUAUUUUACCAUCAUUUCCCCCCCCCUUUUUUUUAAAAAACAUUAUUCCGCUAAUUUCAUGACUUUUUAGAAUACAUUUUAUACACAUUCAUUGUUAUUGUUGACAGAAAAGUAAUAACAUUAGCUUUCAACCACCCAUACUUAUCACUAGUAUGUGUUAGUUACGUCUUUGCUUGUUUUCUUGACGCUCUUUACGAGGUCAUUCAGGUCACGUAUUGUGAUCUGAUCAUUUUGGUUCUCUGAAGAAAAAAUGUUCGUUUGAACUGAGUCACACGGGACAGCACAGUUAUCAUGCGAAGACUGAUGUGAUAGUACCCAGUUGCCCAGGCUAUAAAGUAGGUGGAGCAGGAUUCGAACCUGAGACCCACUGACUGAAAGUUGAGCAU